UUUAUUGAUUCCUAUUUCCUGUGAAUUAUUCUGAACUCACCAAACCACCAGCUUGAAGCUUUAGAAAAUAACUUUAAGAAGUUUUUGGCUCCAUAGAAACAAAGUAAAUUGAAGUAUUUAUUUUGUCAAAUAUUUCCAUCAGCAUUAACCGAGAGACACACUGAAACUUUGGUUCUCGUUCUGUCUGUCUCCGACAGAUGAGAAUUUCAUUCUCAAACAUGACAGAGCCUUCCUGCUGUCCAUGGCCAACCGUGGGAAGGACACCAAUGGCUCACAAUUCUUUAUGUGAGUAAGAGUUGAUGUAAAUAAGGCAGAACAUUUCACUUAGAUCCCAACUGAAGCUGUAUCUUAGAUUUUACUUACCCUUCCUUUGUUGUGGCCCUGAAGAAUAAUGUUUGUCCAUCAAAGUCCCCCCUCUCUUUCUCUCUCUCUCUCUUUCUCUCUGUAGUUAGAUUUCAAAGUGCACAGCAACAUUGGAUUCAUUCUUUUUUUACCUACAAAUGUGUUACAUUUUUUCUCUUGCCGUUUUUGUGUAAAAUUUACAGAAACUCUAGCAUCCUGCUCUUCCAAGCACAACUAGGAUGGCACCUCACCUUGAUGGCGUCCACGUUGUCUUCGGUCUCGUCAUCUCUGGGUUUGAAGUGAUCAAGAAGAUUGAGAAACUGAAGACGGAUUCAGCUAGCAGACCCUAUGCUGAUGUGAGAGUGGUGGACUGUGGACAGCUGAUCACUAAAUCUGCCAAUGAUGUGCUUGAGGGCAAGCGGAAAAGGACUUCAUCUCUUAAUUCUAAUGAGUUGUCCGAUUUUUCCUCGUCUGAAAGCGAAUCAGAAGAAAAGCUCAAAUAUCAAAAGCGUCUUGCAAAACAUAAACAGUCAAAAAAGAAAAGGAAGGAAGGAAAAAAAGUCAAGAAGACAGAUAAAGUAACUCCCAAGCAAAGGUCUGCAGAAAAAGAGACGGUAGGAGGUGAAAGUAAGCCCGAUGAAGAGAAGGAGCAGGCUGGAAAGAGGGAGAAGCCCGUUGUUCGACCAGAGGAAAUCCCACCUGUGCCAGAGAAUCGUUUCCUGCUGCGACGCGACAUGCCAACACAGGAGGAGAAAACAGAAGUUCUUGAAAAACAAGAAACUGGUCCCCCAGCUGAACAGAAACCCGCUGUUACUAAGUCUGGGCGGAAGAUCAGAGGCAGAGGAACAAUUAGAUAUCACACCCCAACCAGAUCCAAAUCACGCUCUACAUCUGUUGAAGAACGUGGUGGCAGUGAAACUCCACCGCAUUGGAAAGUGGAAACAAAGAGAACCAAAGUUUUUCCUCCCACAAGUCCGGAAAGGUGGAGCAAAGGAGACAAACUAAAAGACCGAACCUCAAGCAAGUGGGAUAAUAGAAGCGUUUCCCCUCGGUCCCAGUCUGGAGGGCAUUCUUCAGGCCAGAGCUCUGAGAGGUCAAGCCAGCAGCAGCUGCCAAAGAGGCAGAAGAAAAAAGCCAAACACAAGAAGAAAGCCAAAAAGCGCAAACAUGGAAACAAGAAGAAAAGCUCCAAGAGCAAAUCACGAGAACACUAUGACUCAGAGGGUGAAAAGUCAGCGUCUUCUCCUAGGAGGUCUAGAUCUCGCACACCAAGCCGGUCUCCUUCAAGUGAGCAUCACUCCUCCAGCAGAAGAAGACGGAGAUCCUCAAAGUCUUUCUCCAAAUCCUUCUCAAGGUCCUACACAUCCAGUCGAUCCAGAUCCCGUGGAAAAUCCAGAUCUUAUUCAGGGUCCAGAAGCUAUUCUAGAUCGAGAAGUCAAUCUCUGUCUAGAUCCAGGUCUCUAUCUUAUUCCCAGUCAAGAUCACGAUCAAGGCACAGAUCAAGAUCUCUGUCAUUUUCUCGGUCCAGGUCAAGAUCAAGGUCUAGAUACACAUCCAGAUCUAGAUCUUUGUCGUCUAGGAAGAGGAGUUUUUCCAGAUCUCCAAGGAGGAGGAAGACAAUGAAACCUAAAAUGGAUGUCAUAAUGCCAGUACCUGGGAAGGUCCAGGAUAAGAAGUCUACACCCGUUUCCAUUUUACCAGGAGUCGCAGUAAAUGAUAGUGUUCCUGUGAUCCCGCUGAGCGACAGUCCUCCUCCAUCCCGCUGGAAACCAGACCAAAAGCCCUGGAAGCCCUCCUACUUUCAUAUUCAAGAAAUCAAAGCUAAGGUUAAGGCUACGCCCACGGAUACCUCUAGCACUGCUCCAGCAGUGAACAUCUCAGAAAAAACCCAGACUUCAGUAACACCAAAGUCCUUACAGGAAGAAGUUCAAGACAAGAUGACACGCCAAACUGCACACAGCUCACGCAGCAGGUCCUCCAGGAGCAAGUCCUUCAGUCGCUCCAGGAGCCGAAGUUCUAGCAGGUCGAGAUCAGCCGAGCAGUACAGGAGCAGAUCUUCAUCCCACAAAAGAUCGAACUCUGAAAAGGAACAAAAAGGAAGCAGCAACAGAGGGACUUCGUUAGACAAAGAAUGGAAGGAGUACUACUCUUCUCUCAACAGAAUAAAAAACCUAGAUACGUUUAUUUCAAUUAAUAAGGGUCGAGACGGACUCUCAGGUUCGGAAAAAGGAAUAGGCAGUGAGCGGAGUCCUGAUAUGACUGGGUUUUUAGAGAACAAAAGAGAUGGGGGCAACUCAGAGGAGACGGACACAAAACGUUACCUUCCACCACGUGCGGAGAGUCGCUCUGAGUGGGACAGUGACAGUGACAAGGAGGGCCAAUACAAAGCAGCAGAGAAGCACACUGUUGAGUCCAGCACAGUGCUGUCAACUGGGUGGAAUUCAGAUGGAGAUACGGAGAAUAUAACCAACAAAAGAGUUUUUGGUUCUGAAAAAGAAGAAGGAGAAGCCAGUUCUGAAUCAGACUAUGAGGCUUUAAGAAGUACAUCAAAAGCAGUGACUGAGCUAGGGUAUAAAGUUGCUGCUGCCAUUGCAGCCAAUUCUUCAUCCUGUCCCUCAGAUGAGAGUGCUUCAAAGGCUGCAGAGCCAGAGCGUAAGAAGAGCAAGAAGAAAGCAAAACGGAAGCAUAAACAUAAGAGAAAAGGAGAGAGUAAGAGCAGUUCUCAUCAUGGCAAAGACAAAACAAAAAAAUCCAAACGAAAACACCAGAAGCUGAGAGAGACCUUCCACUGGCAGCCACCUUUAGAGUUCGACGAGGAGGAAGAGGAUGAUGAAGCUAAAAGAGAGAGACGCAGUCCUGGCAGAGAGGUUCCAGAUAAUUUUGGUGAGGAUGGUAACAAACAGGACCAACAUUCAACUGAUUUGAAAAGAAAGCAUGUAAAAGAAGAAGAGAAGCAAAUGAGAUCCAGAGAAAGAAUUGAAAACCCAAAUGAUUCUGAACAAACAUCAAACCAGAACAGUAUCAAAGACCAAGAUUCCUUAGAUGAUAUGGAGAUCUGUACUCCAGAGCACAAUGUUGAGAUCCUUGAACCUCCUGUCAUGUCAGAUACGUCCAACACUGCCACCAAAUUAAUACUCGAUUCCAACUCAAAGUCAUCAGAAAUGGCUAGCACUGAUAUUGCAUUUACUCGGAAAGCCCAGCAUGAUGUCACUUCUUCAGCAACAACUGCUGAACUACAGGAAGAAGAACCUAAUGGAAAAGCCGGAAUAAAUUUCAAAUGGAAGCCAUUAAAAAGAAUGGCCGCUGUGCCAGAGGUGAACGUCCAGGCUGUCGCAGUUAAAAGCAAACCAGCCAACGAGAGCGUGCAGCGUCUCACCAUGCAGGGAGUAAAAAUGGAGAUAAAGAGUAAAAACCGAGUCCGGCCAGGUUCCCUGUUCGAUGAGGUUCGUAAGACGGUGCGGCUCAACCAGAGGCCGAGAAACCAGGAGAGUUCGAGUGAAGAAAGUUCCCCAUCUAUGGGGAAGGCCAGAGGCAUGUCACGCACACGCUCGCCAAAAAAGUCCAGAUCAUUGUCAAGACAUUCUCGCUCUGGUUCCAGUCACCGGUCCCGCUCCAGAGGCUGGUCCCGCUCCUACAGCAGAUCCAGAAGUAGAUCUCGCAGCUACACCUACUCCUCCAGGAGCCGCAGUCGGAGUCGGAGAACCCGUAGACGAGGACGAUCCCGCUCCCGCAGCAGUACAUACCGGAGCUACAGCAGACACAGUCGGUCGUACAGUAGAAGUCCCUCCAGAAGCCGCUCUUACCAUUGCCACAGGAGGUCCAGGUCCGACUCGUAUGACAGCUAUUCCAGUCGGAGUCGAAGCGUGAGCAGGAGACGAGGGCACAGACGUAGUGAGAGCUACAGGAGCUCUGAGCGCCGAUCACGGUCGUCACGCUCGUCCAGCCGUAGUUUUUCCAGAAGCAGGAGCCGCAGCAGUCGCUACAGUUGAGUCCAGCCUCACCUCUACUGAGGAGGAGAUGCUCGCAGGUCUGCAGCCGAAGCUCCAACAGGAAGUGUUCUUGUUUUAUACUGUGCUAAGUUUCAUAAUGGAAGAUGUAGGGAUGGUCAAUACAAGCAUGAAUGUGAAAUGGUCUUUCUUUAAAAGGCCGACAGCAGCUGUUUGAAUGUCUGCAGCCAAGCUGCGGAAACUUUAGGGGGUGGAAAUAAUUUACAUAAUUGUAUUUUUAUGCAUUAUUCUUUAACAUUUUCUUCAUAUAUGCCAAAUGAUGCAAUUAUAGAAUUGCUUAACAUCACAUUUUAAUGUGUUUUUGAGAAGGAAAAGGUUAAAGUUUACUUUGUUAUAAAUUGUCUCUUAAUGAACAGAUGAAUGUAGAAGCUUUACUCAAAAUAUAUAAUCUCUGUUUUUAUAAUAAGUUGGUAAAAAAAAUGUUUACUUUGAUUAAAUACG